UCUCUGGAUCUUAAGAAACCAAGUCUCUUAUAAACACUGUGAGAGAUGAGGAGCAUACACAUUAUAGACGUUUCAUUGGAUUCUUCUAGAAGUUGCUCCAGCUAUGGAAAUUUGAGGCCUUGUGGACCAUUCAGAUUAUGCAAUCUCUUUUCUAAUUUGUUUAAGAUUUGGACCAGGUCCUACUUGAACAGUAUUGUAGAGUCAGUCGACAAGACUACUAAUAGACAGAAGUGGGUAAUGAGAGGAUGGUACAACAAUCAUUGCAAUAGGGCAGGGUGUGUCUUUUCCAAGAUUUUUUGUGGUUUUAAGAGAAGCCCAUUUUAUACCCUCGUAAGAUCUCCUAUCAGCUUAUUGUUCAGACUGAUCAGUUGUGAGAUAUUGCUGUAAGAAUGGGCAGAGCACCAUGCUGUGAUAAAGCUACUGUGAAGAAAGGGCCAUGGUCUCCUGAAGAAGACUCUAAACUCAAGGCCUAUAUAGACCAGAAUGGCACUGGAGGCAAUUGGAUUGCUCUGCCCCAGAAAGUUGGCUUGAAAAGGUGUGGAAAGAGCUGCAGACUUAGAUGGCUUAAUUACUUGAGACCCAAUAUAAAGCAUGGAGAAUUCUCUGAAGAAGAAGAUGACAUAAUUUGUAGCCUCUACAAUAGUAUUGGAAGCAGAUGGUCUGUCAUUGCAGCUCAGUUGCCAGGAAGAACUGAUAAUGAUAUAAAGAACUACUGGAACACAAAACUCAAAAAGAAACUGCUUGGAAAACGCAAGGAUCAACACAAACGUCAUUUAGCAGCAGCAGCAGAAGCAAGACAAAAGGAAGUGAAUGACCUUAGAAGGUAUGUUCUAUCAGAGACCAACAUAGAGCCAUAUGGGUAUGAAACACAAACUACAGCACAAGUAGAUGAGCAUACAAACAUAAAAAUGAAUUGCCCAUAUGUUGAUUUCGACCCUGAAAUAGUCUCCCAGCUGUUUGAACAAGCCAAUUGUUCACGAGCAUACACAAUUUCUGAUACCCGCCCAAUUUCACAAUCAGCUACAUUUCAGCUCAAUCUUCAGCAAGCCUUUGAUGAUCAAAUGUCUCAGUUUGAUAAAGAUACUUCUGUUAGAAUGCUCAUAGAUAGGCUUGAGGCUACCCUUAUUGGCAUGUCAAACAACAUGAAUAUGAGCAGCACCUCCCAAAUGGAAGCAUCCAACUGCAUUAGUAAUAGUAAUAGCAGUGCCUCCCAAACACAAGAUUCUACUGUGGGAGUAGAAGCCCAGAUUUCAUAUCAGACAGCAGCUGCUACCGCACAUGAAUAUACAACAUGGAUUGAAGAUCAUGUUAAAUUAGAAUGUCCAAUGGUGUUGGAUGCAGAUUUGUCUGAGAUUGUUAAUUUACCACUUUUUCCUCCUAUAAGUUGUGGAAGCUCUCCUGAUGUAAACUAUGAGUCAGGGUGUAUGAAUACUAUAAAUGCUCAGAGUAAUAUGAAUUUGCACAUGGAAGCCGAUGAAGUCUCAAUGUACUGGAAUGAUCUACUGAACUGUACUAAAACCAAUGGCUUUAUUCUCUGAGCAUAGCGAAGACAAUUAUGGAUAUGGCCCAUUUUGGAUCGACAGCUCUCCAAUCAUUUGUUCAUGACUCUGUCAUCUCGCAGAGAAUGCUCUGAAAGAAAUCUUUUGUAGACAAGACAUAUAAUUCUUGGUCACCAAAGAAACAAACCAACAUUUAGGAUGGUUAUGGAGAUGGUGAAUAAUGUUGGAUGAGUGUUCUAUGUUUAAUAGUUAAAGGAGAGGUUAUUUUUAUUUU